AUGGGUGAGUCCAAACCAGCCUUUCACCCUGCUCUCACAAAUCCUAACAUCAAGGCCCUUGUUCCCGUCACUCUUGAGAUGGAGAACGUUCACUAUGAAACAUGGGCGGAACUCUUCAAAAUUCACGCAGAAUCUCAUAAAGUAUUAGAUCAUAUUAUUCCUCUGGCGAAAGGCAAGGAGAAGCCUCCUAAGACCGAGGAAGAACUUGAACUAUGGUCGACCCUCGUUGCUACGGUUCUACAGUGGAUUUAUGCCACUAUUUCUCAUGAUCUGUUACAGACAAUUCUUGAACCCGACACCACGACAAUGGAAGCUUGA